CCGCUAUAAGGAGGCCUGGGCGGCGGCCGCGGACUUCCAGAGCACGCCACGCCCGCGCCAUGCUCAACGCUCAGGAGCGCGCCCACGUCGCACAGGUCUGGGACCUGAUCGCAGGACACGAGGCGCACUUCGGGGCGGAGCUGCUGCUCAGGCUCUUCACUGUGUACCCCAGCACCAAGACCUACUUCAAGCACAUGGGCGCCUGCCCUGACGAGGUGCACCUGCUGAGCCAAGGACAGCGCAUGCUAGAGGCAGUGGGCGUUGCCGUGCAGCACGUGGACAACCUGCGCGCGGCCCUGAGCCCGCUCGCGGACCUGCACGCGCACUUGCUACGCGUGGACCCUUCCAAUUUCCCACUGCUGAUCCAGUGUUUCCAGGUGGUGCUGGCCUCCCACCUACAGAACGAGUUCACGGUGGAGAUGCAGGCUGCGUGGGAUAAGUUCCUGACGGGCGUGGCCAUAGUGCUGACCGAGAAGUACCGCUGAGUCCUGUGUCCCGCAUGUAAAUAAACAG